UAUAUAUAUAUAUUGUUAGUCAUCUAAUGUUUUAUUAGGCUAAGCUUACAGUAUGGGUGGCUUAUUUAGUUAUUUUAGAGGACUGCUUGGUGCCCGUGAAAUGAGGAUUCUUAUCCUCGGUUUGGACGGCGCCGGGAAGACAACAAUAUUGUACAAACUGCAAGUAGGGGAGGUAGUCACCACUAUACCCACCAUAGGAUUUAACGUCGAACAAGUUACAUACAAAAAUUUAAAGUUUCAAGUGUGGGACUUAGGUGGGCAAACAAGUAUAAGACCUUAUUGGCGAUGUUACUAUGGCAAUACAGAUGCAAUAAUAUAUGUGGUAGAUUCAGCGGACAGAGAUCGAAUAGGAAUAUCCAAAGAUGAACUUGUGCACAUGUUACGGGAAGAGGAAUUAGCAAAUGCAAUUCUUGUGGUGCUAGCAAAUAAGCAGGACAUGGCAGGAUGUCUGACUGUAGCCGAGGUCCACCAGGCGUUAGGGCUGGAUGCACUCCGGGACAGAACGUUCCAGAUCUUCAAGACAUCAGCGGUGCGGGGGGAGGGCCUCGACCAGGCCAUGGACUGGCUAUCCAAUGCGUUACAGGCUAGGAAAUAACAAUAAAGACCAAUAAGUAUGAAGCAGCGACGUGUGAGGCGUGUGUGUUGUAUAGCCAUGGUUAUACCAAUAGAAGAUACAUAGCAUGGAACGAGCUGCCUGCCAUCGAGCAUAACAUAGUCCAAACCACAAAGCAAGUCGCAAAACUUCAGAGUAAAUAUCAAAAUUUGUAAGAAAUUUUGUUAGUCGCGACAUGGUUUGGAGUUUGGAGCUGCUUUACUUUGAUACAGAAGCGUCAGAUAUUGCGGCCUGGUUUGAAUUAUUAUGUUAACAUUUACCUACUGGAUGGGCUAAGCUAGCAUCAAAAUCAAGUGACACUGGCGCCCGAGCGCGUCCCCCGUUUAACUGUAUCAUUGUGAAAAGUGUGCACCUGUGCAUUAGCCCGGGCGCGCACUAGCGGCCAGGUUGCCGCGGCCAUCGAAAGUA